UUUACACAGUGCCUUCAAUAUACCAGAGCAUAUCGCGUACCUAACAGAAAGGCUACAGAAGCAGAGGUGUUUUCUUCUUCAGCUAACGAAAAUGGCAAGUUUAGUUGGAAAAUGGAGCUAUGUUUCAGCCGAUAACAUGGAGAAUUAUAUGGAAGCAUCUGGCGUGCCAGAAAAUUUGAGAGAAAUCGCUCGUAAGAAUCAGCCCAAUAUGGAGAUAAGCAACAGCGGCGAUACGUGGACCAUCAAAACAGUGGUGGGCGAAAAAAUGAAAGAUUCCACCUUCAAGUUAGGCGAAGAAUUCGAUUCCGUCUCACUCACAGGACAACCUCUGAAGUGCACAGUCACAUUAAAUGGAGAAGAAAUGACAGAAACACAGAAGGCAGGAGAUAUUGUUGUCACAAUCACAAGAAAAAUAGAAAAUAAUCAGCUACUGUCAACUAUGACCAUUAACGGUGUUUCUGCCGUGGUGAAAUUCCAGAAGGCUUAGACAAUAGACUUCACGUAGAUCAUAUAAUUUUUUAUUCAAUUUUGCAAUCAAAAGUUUAUGUGGCCAUAUAGUACUGAAGAAUCAUGAUUUUCUCUGCAUCUUUUCUGCAUAAUAAACAUACAAAUAAAAUCUGUCAUUGAAAAAA